AUGAGGACAGGCUCGUACCACGCUUUCCAAGAUGGACAGUAUCCCAUCCCGAAUGAUGAAGAAGAGCAAGAAAGACUCGAUCUCUUACAUCACCUUUUCAAGAUGAUCUUGGGGGGAGAGUUGUACAUGGCGCCGGUGCCAUCGUCAGUCCAACGGAUACUCGACGUGGGGACUGGGACAGGAAUAUGGGCGGUGGAAAUAGCCGACAAGUUCCCCGCCGCGAGCAUUGUGGGCACCGAUUUGAGCCCAAUCCAACCUUUGUGGGUGCCGCCAAACCUACGGUUCUAUAUCGACGAUGCUGAGAGCGCAUGGUUAUUUGAUGAUGGGCAGAAGUUCGACUUCAUUCACGGUCGAGCUCUGUGCGGAGGAAUUGCUGAUUGGCCGAAAUUCUACGCUCAAGCCUAUGAGAAUCUGAACCCGGGUGGUUGGAUGGAGAUGCAAGAUCACGAGUGCUGGAUCAACAGCGAUGAUGGGGGUAUGGAUCAUGCUCCCGGUUGCUCCGAGUGGAUACGAGAGGUCGAUCGAGCAAGUAUCAUCUUUGGCAAGCGCCUCAACAUUGCCCAUCAACAUCGACAGUGGAUGAUCGAUGCUGGUUUCAUCAAUGUCCGCGAGAUGGUCCGCAAAAUUCCCAUCGGUCCCUGGGCAAAGGACCCGAAACUCAAAGAGAUGGGGCGGCUGUUCAGAGUUCAGAUGAUACAGUCUGUUCCUUCCUUUAUGCUCGCAUACUAUACCCGGAUUUUAGGAUAUAGUAUAGAACACACCCAAGUCACAAUGGCCCUUGUGAAGAACGAGUUUUCCGAUCGAAGUUUACACUUGUAUCUACGAUGGCAUUUUGUAUAUGGACAGAGGCCAUAG